AACUGUGGAAAUCAUCUCUAUUGGUCUGCUCAGCUGUCAAACACGGAUGUUUGCUUCAACGUUAGCGAGGUGGAAUUUCCCAGGUUACAGCAGACCACUUCCGCACUAGCUAGAUGUCUUGUUUGGGCAGACGAAGCGGCCACUGAAGCUGAAAGUUUAGAGCUCCGUGCCUGGUGAGUGAGGCGGUGGCGAUGGAAGGAAAGGGCCCGUACCGCAUCUAUGACCCGGGUGGGGGUGAGGCCAAGGCCAGGGAGGAGGCUGGAGGGGGCAGCAGCUACCGGCUGCUCCUGGAGGAGAACAGCGUGUUGAGAGAGAGGAUGAAGGGCCUGAAGAGCUUAGGAGAGCUUCUGGAGGAGUCCCAGUCCGAGGCGAGCAGGCUCCGACAGCGGGUGGAGGAGCUGGUGAGAGACAACGAGGCCCUCAAGUCCUCCACCUCCAGCUACGCCACCAGCCUGUGUAUGGGUGGACCCAUCCAGACGGAAACACGAGCUCAAGGUAAGCCCCUGGGUGCUGACCAGAGAGAGACCCAGUCAAGCCAGGCAGGAAAGGCUCUCCAGCCAGAGCAGCCCUGUGAGGGUUUGUCGGAAUUUGAGUUGGUGAAUAUGGAAGAGAAGGCCUCGGAUCAACAAGCAACCGGGGCAGGAGCGGCACACGCACCCCAAGAGAACAUGGAACUGGCCAGCCAGCUGCAGAGACUGGAGAGCUCCUUCAGUAUCUUCGCCGAGGAGUCCAACCCCAACCAGUUGCUCGCUCACCUGGGCCGCAUGGCUGUGGAGUUCCACCACCUCUCCUCCAAGGUCCAGAAGAAUGAGCAGAGGACUUCUCUUCUACAGACACUGUGUGAGCAGCUGAGGCAGGAGAACAACGAACUUCGAAAGAAAAUGGAGGAGGAUCUUCAGUACAGGAAUCGAGACUUGGAACAACUCAGACAGGAGAACCAGAAGCUGAAGGAGCUGGUCACCGGGGAAGGAGCAGCUCCAGUGGAGGGUGGUGAGCCUGCCGAGGCCAAAGAAGAGCCGGCCAAAGAGGAAACGCCCAGUGUAAGAUCCAAGAUGGAGGUUUCCACGCCGCAGAAGAGUGGGAAAGCUGGAGAGAGAACUCCAACCAAGCCGUGUGAACCGGAGGUGUACGAGAAGAAGAUCAAGCUUUUGGAGAAGCAGAGAAAGGAUGUGCUGGAGGUGAACAAGCAGUGGGAUAUUCAGUGGAACUCCAUGAAGUCCCAGUUUGAACAGAAGAUCACAGACCUCAGGCAGCGCCUUGCCGACUCCCAGAAGGCCGUGCUGGAGCUGGAGGCGGAGCGAGAACAGCGCCAACGGGACUACGACAAGAAGCUGCUGCUGGCCAAGUCGAAGAUCGAGAACGUGCAGGGGGAGAAAGAGUGUUUGAACUCGGAGACGGUGGAGCUGAAGCAGAAGGUUCGGUACCUCCAGGACCAGCUGCUGCCCCUCAGCAAACAGAGAGAGUACCAGGAGAAGGAGAUCCAACGCCUCAACAGGGCUUUAGAAGAGGCCCUGAAUCUACACCCCCCCUCCUCCUCCCAGCAACCACCUGGGCAGGGUAACCACGGCGAUGGGGCCAGCAACUUGAGGAAGCAGGAGCUGCUCACACAAAUUGCAGUGCUGAAAGAACAAGUAAAGAUCUUCGAGGAGGACUUCAGGAAAGAGAGGAGCGACAGAGAGCGGAUGAACGAGGAAAAGGAAGACUUGAGGCGGCAGGUGGAAAGACUGCAGGGUCAGAUGACUAAUCUGACUAAUCAGCUUCACCAGGCCCAGAACGAGUGUCAGAGAGAGCGCACGGAGCGCUGCAAGCUGGAGAGACUGCAGAUGCAGCACCACAAACAGGUGGGGCCCCAGGGCCUGGAGGGCUGGCCCGCCCACUUCCCUCCCCGGGCUCCCAACGCGGCCGGCGCCGCCGCUGCAGCUGCCGCCGCAGCCCCGCCCCCUGGACGAGACUUCCAACCUGUCACCCCGGCGUUCCCCUGGCAGUCGUCCUUCCCCCAGCCCCGGGGCCCCCGAGGAGCAGGGGAGGGCUCCCGGCCCCCUCCGGAGAAUGCAGAUCAGUCCACAACGGCAGGCUUUGGGAAAAGGGAGCGACAGAACAUCGACCCUGGAAAGCACUAAAAACAUUGCUGUCCGACGAUCCGUCGGAGCUGGGGUAGUAGCAUGAAUAAGUUUGUUUUUGAGUUGACAAGGUGUGAUUUCAACUAUAAUUUUCCUACUGAACUGUAGAUAUUCGAUUGUAAUGUUGUUUAUACUUGCGUUUUAUAAGCCUAUUUGUGAAACACUGUUUUCUCUAUUCUGAAUAUAUAUAAAUAUAUAUACAUAUUAUUUAGAUUUUUUUAACUAUUGUUUUUGAAGACUCAAUAUUUGCUUCAUAUGAUUCUAUGCAGGAACUGAAGUCAUUUGUUGAAUAGGUUGGAAUUAUUAAAUACAUUUUCAGACAAUAUACCUAUGUCAUUUUACCAUUGCAUAGGUUUUUGUUGGAGCCAUUCUCCAACGGAAAUGACAAGAUUAGCUGUAGGCAUUCCAAUAAUGCGUAAUCAUAUACAGGUACAUUGCCUUGGAUUUUGAGUCAUAGAAAUUGUAAUGUGAAUGUUUCAUUUAAGAUGAUUUGUUCUGUACCAUUGAUGUUCUAGAACUGUACCAUACGUGUAACUGUUCAAAAGUGAUUGUUGAAAUACUAACAUUUUGGGAAACAAGUUUUGAUGGUAUCAUACCAAAAACAUGGUUGUGAUUAUUGAUAACUUAUUUUUAAUCUACAGUUUUGAUAGUUGCAUUGACUACAUGUAAAACCAUGGUCUUUAGUAAUGCUGUUCUUUCUAUGUCGUUGAUGUACUCCCAAUAUAUUGUAGCUAUUGACAUUGUAUGUUUGUAUCUAACACAUCAACAUGAACCCACACACCUAAAACUAUUUUCCUUCUCAUGAAACCACCUGAUGGACCUAACCUCAUUAUAUUCCAGCAUUUUUCCUUUUGGCAUAAUUGAUUUGUUUACAUACUACGAUAUUUUCACGUAGCCUGAGGGAGUUAGUCCACACACGGGGGGGUCUGCAGCAGAGCGUUGGUGGUUUUGGGCUAGCCAUGCCGUGGCACAGUAGUGUUGAACUGCCUCCUUUCCUCACAUCCUCUUCUUACCUGCUACAGUAGCUACCUGGACCAUACAGAUGCUUCAAAGACCUGUCCAAUUAUUAAGGUUGAUCUUAAACGUUUGGUCCAGAUAGUGUUGUAUUCCUGCAUUGUAGCAGCUGUUUGAAUGUAAUGUUUAUCCCAUACACAAAGGGUGCUGUUGACAUGUGAAACAUCCAUGUUGAGUGAGGAAGGGAAGCUGUUUACUGCUGCUCAAGCUGCAGACACAUCGCCUCAUGAAACCUGAACACCUCUGAGAAACUCUGCCAGGAUGUCUUUGGACGGUGACUGUCCAUCUACCUCCAAGGCCAGCAUGCUCACACUGACCCAGGCCUGCCCGACUGACCUGUGAACCAGCGUGACCCACUGUCAAACUAGCCCACAACUCAAGUCUCAAUCCUCUCCAACACAGGGGCGGUGGCCACUGUCUCCAUAGUUAAGGAAUGCAAUGUUUCUCCUUUGAAAAUAGUGACUAGCUGAUGUAUAUGUUUAUGUAGACCCUGCCCCAAGGAGUGCGAAGAGACAUCAUAUGAUGGGAGUCCUUUUUCUUUGGGUGUAAAUACGCUAGGACAAAACUAGCAUGUUACUGAAUGGAUACAAAUAAUUCCAAAUUGGUCCAAGUUGAAUUGAGACAGAAGAUUUGCACUUUGAAAGGUAUGCUGUAAUUACUGGCAGUUGUAUUUUCCUGGUUUGUAGUUUUGAUUCUUUUCUUUUUUUGCAGUAGGCAAAAGCACAUCUUAUGUGAAACUUUUUGUAUUUGACUGGCUUAAUAAUUAAAUAUAUUCUAAAUGUCUUCUAA